UUCCUCCUCCAGCCGCAGCGAUGCUUGCCGAGCGGGUUUUGCAAUCCCAUCGGUUUCUGUUCUCGCGGUGGGGAGGUGCCUCUCGCCACCUUGCAGCUCGGCGUUUGUUUGCUCGUUUUUUUGGUUUUUUGGUGGUGUUGGUUUUGAAUUUUUGCAUCUGUCAGUGUUUCGCCGCCAGCACCGACAGCUCCCGGCGACAGGGUGGCCUUGGCAGCGCCGGCAGCGCCGUCCAUGCGCAGCCCUUCUCCUGGUGCUGCCGGCUUGGCGCUGGCGAGCGGCACCGCUGGAGAUGCAGAGCACCCCAAACUACUUGUGGAGCACCGAGGACCUCCUGGGCCAGGGUGCCACGGCCUCUGUCUACAAAGCUCGCAACAAGAAAUCAGGGGAGCUGGUUGCUGUGAAGGUCUUUAAUAACGCCAGCUACCUGCGGCCCCAGGAGGUCCAGAUGAGAGAAUUCGAGAUGCUGAGGAAGCUGAACCAUAAAAACAUUGUCAAAUUAUUUGCUGUGGAGGAGACGGGCAGCAGCAAGCAGAAGGUGCUGGUGAUGGAGUUCUGCUCGAGCGGCAGCUUGCUGAACGUGCUGGAGGACCCGGCGAAUGCUUUCGGCUUGGCUGAGUCCGAGUUCCUCAUCGUGCUGCAGUGUGUGGUGGCAGGGAUGAACCACCUCCGUGAGAACGGCGUCGUCCACAGAGACAUCAAACCCGGCAACAUCAUGCGGCUCAUGGGGGAAGACGGGCAAAGCAUCUACAAGCUGACAGAUUUUGGGGCCGCCCGUGAGCUGGAUGAUGAUGAAAAGUUUGUGUCUGUGUAUGGGACGGAGGAAUAUCUCCACCCGGACAUGUACAAGCGAGCGGUCCUGCGCAAGCCGCAGCAGAAGGCGUUCGGUGUCACCGUCGACCUCUGGAGCAUCGGUGUCACCUUCUACCACGCUGCCACCGGCAGCCUCCCCUUCGUCCCCUUUGGGGGCCCUCGCAGGAACAAGGAGAUCAUGUAUAAAAUCACCACCGAGAAGCCUCCCGGAGCCAUCGCGGGGAUCCAGAGGCAGGAAAACGGGAGCAUCGAGUGGAGCUACGAGCUGCCCGUCACCUGCCAGCUCUCCACGGGGCUGAAGGACCAGCUGAUCCCCAUUUUGGCUAACAUCCUGGAGGUGGACCAGGAGAAAUGCUGGGGAUUCGACCAGUUUUUCGCAGAAACCAAUGACAUUUUGCACAGGAUCGUGGUUGACGUCUUCUCCCUGCAGCAGGCUUCCUUGCAUCGCAUCUACAUCCACUCCUACAACACUACCACCAAGUUUUUAGAUGCUGUCUUCAAGCAAACAAAUAUCGUCCCUCACCACCAAGAAUAUUUUUUUGAAGGUCAUCUGUAUGAGCUGGAUCCUAAUCUACAAGCUGAUCAUUUCUACAGAACCACAGAGAACAACCCUCUGACCUUGCUGAGCACCGCGGAGCACCCAGAAGAGGUGGUAGGAGUCAGAUACAGAGACCCCGCACUCGACUUUCCAAAGUUUGUCCCCAAGGUGGACGUGGUGGCCGAUUGCAGCGCAGCCAAGGUGAGUGGGGGUUCCUUCACUCCCGGGGGAGCCCCAGCCCUGGGGGCGCAUCCUGGGGCGCUGCCCUUUGCUUUGCAGAGCGCGGUGGGCGCCGGGUACCAGACGCUGCGCAUUGCCCGGGCCCUGCGGCGCUGCCGGGAGCUGCUGGCCAGAGCUCUGCACUGGGUGAUCGGGAACCUGAAAACGGAGUGUUUGAGGAUUUUGGAGCAGAAGAGAGGGGCUUUUUCCAUGCUUGCCUGCCUGCAGCUCACAGAGGUGAAGACUCAUGUGCUGUACGAGGCUGCUCCUGGAGGCAGCGGGGUGCCGGCUCCGAAGGACGUGGCCGUGGUGAAGUCCAGGCUGCAGACGGUCUCCGAGGAGCUGUCUCAGUGCUCCCACAGCAUCUUUGACUUCCAAGGGGUGCUGAACGGCAUUUUGUCUGAACUGGUGAAGCACAGGCAACAAGUGCAUGAGGACAAAAGCAUCCAGCAGAUCAAAUGCUGUGUGGAGAAGAUGCAGCUGAUCUACAAGCAGUUCAAGAAGGCCAGGACGUGUCUGCGGCUGAGCUACAACGAGGAACAAAUACACAAGCUGGAUAAGGUGAAUUUAGGGCACCUGGCCAGGAAGGUUCUGUCGAUUUUCCAGGACGACUGUGUCCAGCGGUACCAGGAGGCUCUGACCCUCCAUGGCAGCAGGAUGAGGAAAGUCUACGAGAUAAAGAAGCAUCUGAAGAAGCUCAGCAACCGCAUCAGCGCCUGCAGCGUGGAGAUGACGGAGUGUCAGGACUGCCUGCACAGCGCUCUGGACAGGAUUCUCCAGACGGAGAAACAGAGUUUGGCCCCAGUUCCUCCCGCGCCUUCACCCGUCCAUCUGAGCCAGGCACGCCAGGAGAUGGCUUUUCGGAUGCAGGAGCUCCUGGACCAGAUGAGGUCGGUAACUUGUGAUCUCCAGUUCAACAACGGCAUCAUCGAGCGGUUAAACAGGGCUGCCCCCACUCCCGGUGUUUGAGAGACGUGCUGAAUUUGCAGUUGCUGAAGCUAACAGCUUUGGACAGCAAGGAACGCGUCCAGCACUUCGGGUCUGGAGCCACGGAGAUGUCUGGUGUUGAUGUUUGAGGAGCUCUCUGCGUCCUACCUCUCUGCUCCAGCACUUUUGCACAGUUUACCAGCACUAGCUUUGGGUGGCUUGAAAGCCUUGAAGAAUUUGAUGAGAAAGUGUGGGGUUUUUUUGUUUUGUUGUGUUUUUGUUUUUAAUUAUUACUUUUAAAAAGUGCUUGAAGGACUUCA